AUGGAAGGUGAAGAUGUCCAUGAACAUCUCCAUUUACCUUCCUGUCAUGAAGCAGAAGAUAACAAUACCACACAAGAUGAUUUAGUAACUCCUAAUGUAUCCUCAGUCCUUCACAGUGGAGAUCUAUCCACCGAUACCGCUGGUUAUAAGAAAACCUCAUCUAACCAUUCACUGAUUGGAAAAACAAGAACUAAACAGAAACGUGGGAAAAUAUUUCCACAUGAGAAACAUUUUAAAAAGAAAUCUAACAUUUCUUUGCAGGAGACAAAUCACAGAGAUAAAGAGUUAUUUUCAUGCACUGAAUGUGGAGAAUCUUUUAUCAGGAAAUUCCUUCUAGUUGUACAUCAGAGAACUCACACAGGAGAGAAGCCGUAUUCAUGCUCAGAAUGUGGGAAAUGCUUUAUUCUUAAACCAUCUCUUGUGGGACAUUUAAGAACUCACACAGGUGAGAAGCCAUAUUCAUGUACAGAAUGUGGGAAAUGUUUUGCCCAUAACUUAGCUUUUUUUAAUCAUCUGAGAAUUCACAAAAGGGAGCAACCAUUUGUAUGUUCAGAAUGUGGAAAAUGUUUUAAUCAAAAAGUGGAUCUCAAUCGACAUCAGGGAACUCACACAGGAGAGAAACCAUUUUUAUGUCCUGAAUGUGGGAAAUGUUUUACUCGGAAAGCAUAUCUUGUGCAACAUAUAAGAAUUCACACAGGGGAGAAGCCGUUUUCAUGUUCAGAAUGUGGAAAAUGUUAUACCUAUCGAUCUGCUCUUCUUAUUCAUCAGAGAAAUCACAAAAAAGAGAAGCCAUAUUCAUGCUCAGAAUGUUUAAAAACUUUUAGUCAAAAAUCGCAUCUUGAUAGACAUCAGAAAAUUCAUAAAAAAGAGAAGCCAUAUUCAUGCUCAGAAUGUUUAAAAACUUUUAGUCAAAAAUCGCAUCUUGACAGUCAUCAGAAAACUCACAAAAAAGAGAAGCCAUUUUCGUGUUCAGAAUGUGCGAGAUGUUUUAGUGAAAAUUCAAAUCUGAAUAAACAUCAGAGAACUCACACAGGAGAGAAGCCGUUUUCAUGCUCAGAAUGUGGAGCCUGUUUUGCCCAUAAAAGAAGUUUUCUUCAUCACUGGAGAACUCACACAGGAGAGACGUUUUCAUGCUCAAAAUGUGGGAAAUGUUUUAGUAAAAAAUCGGGUCUUGUUAGACAUCAGAGAACUCAUACAGAGUAGAAAACAUUGUAAUGAUCAAAUUGUAGGAAAUGUGGCAGGUGUAGGACCUUCUGUCUAACCAUGCCUUCAGAUGUAUACAUAACAUUAUAUUAAAUUAAGUUCAUACACCAUGCUAAAUACUGUGCAGUAUAACAAAAAAAAUAGUCACACGUCCCCUUCUAAAAAGACCUUUAAUCAGUCAGUUCAUCAGCCACACUCAUGUAAUAGUAGACAUUUUGUUUUCAUCAUAGUAGGAACGUAUCCAGAGGUUAGGGAGUAACUGUUAGAUCAGUGGUUGUCCUUCUGCUGGGGCCCCACCAAUCAUGAGAACAGGAACCUUGUACCCGCAGGGUCCCCCAAUAUGAACAAAGCGGCAGCUAUGUCCGGUAUUGUUAAUCUGGUUAUGGUUAACGCCUUAAUGAUUAGAUCAAUUUUCAUUUUUGUAUAUUUGUUUUUUCCCUCUCUCCUUCCAAGAGCCAUAACAUACAUUUCUGCUCAGUCACAUGAGGACUUAUUUUUGCAGGACAAGUUAUAUUUUGUAACAGCACAAUUUAAUUUAUCAUAUUUUCUAUUGGAAAAGGGAAAACCAAAUUCUUUAUGGGGUGAAAAAAACCAAAACAAUUCCGACAUAGUCUUGGGUCUAAAAAUGAAAUGACGACCUUAUCCUUCUGGUUGGUAUGAU